UUUAAAAUGGAGCAUUGCAUGGGAGAGCUUCUCAGUGGAUGCGGCGCCCAUAGUUCCGACUGCUCCUACGUGCUUGUGAUCCUCAACUAUCGCCUGCCAUCGCUGGCGGCAUUGCUGUGGCAGAGAGCUAGGUUGCGAAUGUGCGCCGAUGGAGGAGCUAAUCGGCUCUACAACGAGCUUCCGUUGCUGCUGGGACAGGAGGAAUCGAUCGUGAGAGAAAGGUUCAUACCGGAUGCGAUCAUUGGGGAUUUGGACUCCAUUCUCCCGGAAGUGAGGCAGUUCUACGAAUCAAGAGGUACUGCUGUUCUAGACAAAUCUCACGAUCAAGACACGGUAGAUCUUCACAAGUGCAUCUCUUUCGUCGCCGAGACCACCACAAAUCCAGCAAGUAUCAAUAUGAAGAUUUUGGUGGUGGGAGCGUUGGGUGGAAGAUUUGAUCACGAGAUGGGAAACAUCAACGUACUCUUUUCUUUCAGGAGCUUCCGGAUCAUACUUUUCAACGAUGAGAGUUUGGUCUUUCUGCUUCCCAGAGACGUUCUUCACACCAUCCACGUCUCGCCCGAGCACGAAGGUCCGAAUUGCGGGAUCAUUCCUCUCGGCAGACCCUGCACAGCCACAACCACGGGACUCAAAUGGAACUUGAAUCAAACUUCCAUGGAAUUUGGAGGCCUGGUUAGCACUUCCAACAUGUUCGCGUCGGAUAAAGUCACUGUUUCCUCGGACAGUGAUCUUCUCUGGACCAGCAGCAUCAAACCGCGGAGUGGAACUUGAGUAAGAACUUAGAAAUUUCGUUCCUAUGCUAAUUCUAUCGUUUACUGUCACCGAGUUUCACAUUGUUUCUUUCAGUGAUUUCUCACUUUUCUUAAAGGCAAGCAUUAGGGUA